GGUUUGCGCGAUGUUCCUGCCAGAGUUCGCAAGUUUCGUGGCCGCCAUAUUGUUCGCCGUGCACCCCAUUCACACGGAAGCGGUAACGGGUGUGGUUGGUAGAGCGGAGAUGCUGUCUUCUCUGUUUUUCCUCGGCGCAUUAUUGUGUUACGCCAGAGCGGCCAACAGGAGACGAUAUACAGAUUGGCGGUACGUAGCGGCGUGUACCGCAUGCGUGGGUAUCGCUAUGCUGUGCAAGGAACAAGGCAUCACCGUCACCGUGUGCGUUGUGUACGAGCUCUUCGUCGCUCAGAAGCGCCGAAGUUCAGGAGGCGGUAGCCGGUGGUCGUGGAUGGACGCGUGGGGCAAGGGUUCCGGGUGGGGGUGCGCCUGUGGUGAAGCUGCUAGGCGGGUGGCCACCGUCUGCUGCGCCACCCUGGCACUCCUGGCUGCUAGGCUCCAUGUCAUGGGUGCGCAGCUGCCCGUGUUCACGAGGUUCGAUAACCCAGCUGGAGCUGCUCCUGCGCCUACCAGGCACCUAACAUUCGCCUACUUGCCUGCACUAAACGCCUGGUUACUGACACUGCCUGAGGCGUUGUGCUGCGAUUGGACCAUGGGUACCGUGGCCCUCAUCAGGUCCUGGCGCGACCCUCGGAACCUGGCUACUAUAGCCCUCGCCACUGCUCUAAUGGCAGCUGCUAUACACGCGUUGAGGACGCGAUGUUCUGCCUUGUCUAUGGGUCUAGCAUUAUUAGUGCUGCCUUUCCUACCAGCUUCGAACUUAUUCUUCCCUGUGGGUUUCGUGGUUGCCGAGCGAGUGCUAUACAUGCCCUCAAUGGGUUGGUGUCUGCUAGUGGCACACGGCUGGAGACUCCUUGCCAAGAAACGCGCCAAGCUCGCUGCAGCUGCCUUAAUAUUCCUCCUACUGGCAUUCAGUGCUAAGACGUAUGUCAGGAACUGGGACUGGAAGACUGAAUAUUCUAUUUUUGCUUCUGGACUUAAAGUAAAUCGCAACAACGCGAAAUUAUAUAACAACGUCGGCCACGCCUUAGAAGCUGAGGGCAGGUAUUCAGAAGCCUUAGAAUUCUUCAACACAGCAGUAGGCGUGCAACCAGAUGACGUCGGCGCCCACAUCAAUGUCGGCCGAACUUACAACCAUCUAGGUCGCUACCAAGAAGCCGAGGACGCUUACGUCAAAGCAAAGUCUUUGCUACCAAAAGCCAAACCUGGCGAGUCUUACCAAGCCAGGAUCGCACCCAACCAUUUGAACGUCUUCCUGAACCUCGCUAAUCUGAUAUCCAAAAACGCGACACGAUUGGAAGAGGCUGACAUGUUGUACCGUCAAGCAAUUAGCAUGAGAGCUGAUUACACUCAAGCUUAUAUUAACAGAGGCGAUAUUCUGAUUAAACUGAACAGGACGAAGGAAGCUCAGGAGGUGUACGAAAGGGCAUUACUGUAUGAUAGUGGAAAUCCAGAUAUUUACUACAAUCUGGGUGUGGUGCUACUGGAACAGGGUAAGGCAUCUCAAGCACUUGCGUAUUUAGACAAGGCUUUAGAACUGGAGCCAGAACACGAACAAGCCUUGCUAAACUCUGCCAUACUGCUGCAAGAGCUGGGCGCGGCGGAUCUGCGACAUUUGGCAAGGCAGCGACUUCUAAAACUACUUGAUAAAGAUGCAACUAACGAGCGGGUCCACUUCAACCUCGGCAUGGUAUGUAUGGACGAGGGCGAUGCAGAAUGCGCCGAGCGUUGGUUCCGCGCCGCCGUGCAUCUCAAGCCGGACUUCAGAUCGGCGCUGUUCAACCUGGCGCUGCUCCUGGCCGACCGCCGCCGCCCACUAGAGGCAGCACCCUUCCUCAAGCAGCUAGUGAGGCACCACCCAGAUCACGUGAAGGCACUGGUGCUGCUGGGGGAUAUUUACAUCAACUCUGUCAAGGAUUUGGAUGCGGCUGAGAGCUGUUACCGGCGCAUCCUGGAGCUGGAGGCGGACAACGUGCAGGCGCUGCACAACCUGUGCGUGGUGGCGGUGGAGCGCGGCCGCCUCGCCGUGGCCGAGGAGUGCCUCGCGCGUGCGCACGCGCUGGCGCCGCACGAGCACUACAUACAGCGCCACCUCGCCGUCGUCAGAGCGAGACGGCAGGCCAACACCGCCAACAAACCCGCCGAGGUGCGAGCGAGAUGGAACUACAUCCCGCAGCAGCCGCCCGACCCUCACGAGACUGACGCCUCAUAGCGAUACACGGACGACACUAUGUAAAAUGCAUGUACAUAUUUGCGAUUGGAGCCAAUGUUGGUUACGUUCUUGUCGCUUCCAUAUUCGAAAUAUUUUCUUACUUUAUUAAAUCUGGAACUUUGUAUCUCGGUAGACUAUGCUGUUGGCCAACGUUGGCUCCAAAUCGCUGCGUUAGGAUAUCUUUUAAACACCAAGAUAGGCCGUACAUUUUGUUUAUGCCCUGCUUAUUUUUAUUACUUUUGUCUUUGUAAUUUAUGACAAUCAGGGUAUUGAGAGUCUCUUAUACAAUUAUGUUAAAAAAAAUAAAGUUUUUCUUAAAAUUUAUAACUAUUUUGAUGUUUUAGUAAUUUCUAUUUGAUUGCAAUUAUUUAACUGAUCUACGACCAAUGUAAUCAUGGGCAUUAUUUUUUAAGAUAACCGAGAAAUUAAUGGAUUUUGCAAUAAAAAAUUAGUUACGAAUCAACACAAGGUCGUAGUGAAUGUUGAUGACUGGUAUAAUUUACGAAAUUGUGCGAAAAACUAAUUAAGACAACCUAUAAUGGAUUGAUCUCGUAUUUAAAUAUGUAAUUUGCGUACCGUAUUUCGUGAUAUUAGUUAAUUAUAGCUUGACCAGAAAAAUAGAAAACGCAAUAGGGCCGCCAUCUUAGAUUUCAUAACCUAUAAUUACCCGCUACUGGAAGUUAGUUUUAUAUUUUCCUGGUCGAUUUUUAUAUUAUAAUUGUGUAUGCCAUAAUAUUAUAGUUAUGUAGAAUAUGUUCGAACGAGCUUUUGUCAUUAGCCUGGUAUACGGAAAAUAUUGACAAUUAUGUACUUGUAUGUAAAAAGAAAUAGCAUAGAGUCCGUAAUUUAUUUAAAUGUAACCGCAAUGCAAUUCUUCGAAUGAGUUACUCUACCGGUCGUCGAGCGACAAUUAACAUUGAAAUUAAUGAAUACAACUGGAUUCCACUUAUAUAAUGUCCCAAGGAAUGAAGGCGUGAGGUCAGCGGGCUCUAUUCCGUCUACGAAGGUAAAUCUGCCAUUUUGCAAUUGCGGGCGUUCUAAUCGAAGGAAAACUUUGAUAGCCGUAUAGGCAAAUAAGGGAUUUUUUAAUUCUUUUACUUAUACGAAUAUCGAAGCUCUCCUUCGAAUAGACCACCCGUAAUUUCAAAAAGACGGAUAUGCCCCUAUAGACGGAAUAAGGCCCACCGACCUUAUUUGAAUUUUGAUGCCUCAAUUACCGCGCAUCAAGUACCUGAAUAAGAAUUAUAAUAUUCUUGACAUAGUCCCAAUCUCAUUCGUGAACUAAUCUAGUCUUAUUAUCCAUAUUCGAUUGGCAAGGUUGACCACGUGGACGUAGAAUUGGUAUAACAAAUAUAAGAACCCCAUGCUUUGUAUAGGCGGAGGGAAUAGCAUUAGACCCCGCAAAUUGCCUUCCCGAUUAAUAAUACAUAAAACAUAGCCUCUUGACCACGGUUUUAGUUUAAAUUGGGUUAUACACCGCUGUUUAUAUAACGAUUGGUUACUAAGAACCUUUUAAGGAAUUGACGUCAUUGUUGCGUCAGUGGAACGUUAAUUGAAGACCAACUUAAUAUGGCGUUCAUUUGUUUGUUUCCAUUUGGUUGACUUCCAUAAUACCAAUGUACAAUGUGGAGGUAUACAUAUAUACACAGCGCGAUAUAACUCAGCAAAGAAGCUACUGUUUUUAUAGUAUUUUGUAUAUGCUAUUUCAUUGUUCAGUCACAAAGAAUCGCAAUAUGUAAACUUCAAAUCUGGAAAUACAUUAUUUUCGUAAACGCUAAUAUAAUUAAGUGAAAAAAUAAAUGAACGUGAUCUACCGUUAUUAGAAUUAGAUGUGAAAAAUGUAACGUUGUUAAUGUUUUAAGAUAAAAAGUAACUUUUGUAAAAACUGAAUUUUUUACAAUGUCUUGAAACAUUUCUGGUGGGAACUCCGGCGUGAGUUGAUAAAUGCGUAAGGACCCCGAAUAUUAUAAACUAUUUGUCGUCAAAACGUUUAUUUUUAUAAAAUAAAACAUGUUUCAAAGGAA